CCGCGCCCGUCGCUGGCGAUGCGGCGGUUUGCCCUACGAAUUAAGUUUAUUGUUAAGACUACUACUGUGCUCUGGUGGCGCGGCGACGGCGUGCGGGGCGAACCAGCUUUUUGGCUUGUGUUUUGCUGUCCAGGACUGCCAAAAUAGCUGCCGCAAACAGCAUUGUAACAGCUCCGCGCCGCAGGACUCGUGUGCAUUGCUCAAACUUCUAUACCGAAACGUCCAACCAUCCCUUUAAGCCAUCCACGCCGCCGCGUCCGUGUUCUCAAUUGCUCCCUGUGAGAGCUUCCGCCUGCAAAAGCGCUCCGUGCAUGCGCGCCAGAGGAAUCGUGCCUCGCACAAAGCUCACACCACUCACCGACGCCUACCGCAGCGUCGUCUGCACGUACCUCUGCGCCGCGCUACUUUGGCGCGUCCUCGCGACGGUCCUCGAGACCUGCUCUCUGUCAGAACUUCUGAAAGGAAGAGCCAUCCGCGCGGUGCCGCCGCAGCUCUUUACCGCCUCCUACAAGACGUGCCACAAGCAUGGUGCAAGGCGUCGUCAUUGAACAGGGCCAUAUUGUCGACACAAAUCCCGCGACGGGCGCCGUCAUCCAACGCGUAAGGGUCUCAACGCCAGCCGAAAUCGACGCCGCCGUCGCGGCCGCGCGCACGGCGCAGCCUUUGUGGAACGCGAGACCACUACAUGAGAGAACGGAGCUCGUGAAGCAGGCGUGUGCGGCUCUCGCGGGCAAGCGCCAACAGCUCGCCAAGUUAAUUACUGCAGAAAUGGGAAAAACCCUGGCCGAGAGCCUCGAGGAGGUCGACGACAACAUUGAUAUGAGUGCUUAUUGCGACCUCGUCCAGCAGGCGAACGCGCCGGAGGUCGACGGCGGCUCGUUAAUAGUAAGACACCCCCACGGCGUCGUCGCCGUCUGCGCGCCCUGGAACUAUCCUGUUGAAGAAAUAGUGUUACUUUGUGUCCCGGCGCUGAUCGCGGGCAAUGCUGUGGUAGUUAAGCCGUCCGAGGUCGUGCCUUUGUCAAGCGGUCUCGUCGUGGAGACGCUGCGCGACGCCCUACCGUCAGGACUCGUCAACCUAUUGCAGGGCGACGGCGAAGUUGGUGCAUUGUUAACAGGACAUCCGCUGGUCGAUAUGGUCGGAUUCACCGGUAGCACGGCCACCGGUCAAAAAAUACUAAACACGGCUUCCAAAACUUUGAAGCCCGUGGUCUUGGAGUGCGGGGGCAAGGACCCCAUGGUCGUGCUCGAGGAUGCUGAUUUGGAGCUCGCGGCGCAUGAUGCCGUGGCUUAUAGUCUGGCGAACUGCGGCCAGGUUUGUUGUGCGGUCGAGCGCGUCUAUGUGGCCGCGAGCGUCGCGGCGGAUUUUGAAGAUAAAGUGAAGGCCGAGGCAUCAAAAUGGAAGGUAGGCGACGGCGUCGACCCCGAGACCACCAUAGGGCCGAUGGCGUCUAGGAUGCAGAGAGAUAUAGUGCAUUCCCACGUGACGAAGGCGACGCAGGCCGGCGCGCGCUGCGUGCUAGGUGGCGAACUGCCGGGCAGCUCGGAACGAGGCAAUUACUAUCCGGCGACCGUUUUAGCGGAUGUGCCGCACGGGGCCCUGCGCGACGAGGAGACCUUCGGUCCGGUCGUCGCUUUGUCGACCUUCGACGGCUCGGACGACACGGCAGUGGCGCUGGCAAAUGAUUCCCGCUACGGCCUCACGGCCUCCGUCUACAGCAGCGACCUGAAGCGCGCGGGCGCCGUCGCGGCGCGGCUGGCCGCGGGCCAGGUCGGCGUCAACACCAAUCCUUUGUCGGGCGUGCGGUCGAUCCGCUGCCCCUUCGUGGGGCACAAGGAGUCGGGCUACGGGACGCACUCGGGCUUCGACGGCUGGCGCCAGUUUUCGACUCCGAAGUCCCUGAUUUAUGCGGAAGCACCGGCGGACGACGCGGUGCCGGCGGUCGCGAAGCGCGACCGGCGCGGGCCGGCCGUGCCGCCGGUGGCGGCUUUGUUAGCGUUCGGUGCCGGAGUGCUGAUCACGCUGGCGGCGACGCGGCGGCGGGCGUGA